GAAUUGAACUUACCUAACUCUGCAGUUGGCUCCAUUAAAAUGAUGAGAAAAGGGAAUUCCUUGGAGGACUCCGUUUUUUAUUCUGAAAGUCAGAACAGCUUCCGAAAGUCAAGUAAUGACACCCCAGUCAGCCCAACAGAUUGUUCCGGAUCAGUAUUUAUAAGUUCAGAUGGAGAAAAUGGAGCAGAUGAGAAAAGAAAGGCAGGAAGAUCGCCUACUGUGUUGCUGCAGACGCCUACCAGGGAAAUGGAAUGUUUUGAUGACCGGAAAAAAGUUGAUGUUGUUAGGGGAAAGAGCAACACAGAUAGCCCACUCCUGACAGUGGAUAUCAAGAGUGACUCCAAGAUUGAAAGGAAAAAACGUGCCUCAAAUCAGCUGAAGGCAAAUGCACACUUCCAUAAGCUGUUUCUAGAUGUUCCCAUUGAUGAGCCACUGAAACAAAGCUUUACCUGUGCUCUGCAGAAAGAAAUUCUGUACCAAGGAAAGUUAUUCCUUUCUGAAAAUUGGAUUUGCUUCCAUUCCAAGGUUUUUGGUAAAGACACUAAGAUUAGUAUACCUGUGCUCUCAGUGACACUUUUGAAGAAAACCAAAACUGCCCUUCUUGUGCCAAAUGCUCUGAUCAUAGCAACAGUCACAGAUAGGUACAUGUUUGUCUCCUUACUCUCCAGAGAUACCACCUACAAGCUAUUAAAAUCUAUCUGUAGACAUCUUGAGGAUACAAGCAUGGGCAACAGUCCAAAUCCCUCUUCUGCAGAAAACAGCUUCAGGGCUGAUCGUCCUACAACUCUGCCCUUGGAUUUCAAUGAAGACUAUUCUGAUCUAGAUGGAAUAGUGCAGCAGCGGAGACAAGAGAUGGAAGAGUCCAGCAGCACAGGCUCACAGACCCCAGAGCUGGAAUGCUUCCAAGAUUAUCAUGUUGUUGAGACGCAGACUCACCUGAAAGUUUCCAAGACUGAGGCAAAGUCUGUCCAUUCAGAUGCACACAGUAAACGUGGACCUGACGGAAAAGCCCGAAACAGUCCGCGAAAUGACCAUUCUGAAGCCUUCAGGUUCUUCCACAAAGUGAAGUCCCAGAAGCUCUUAUCUCUGAACCACGUACUUAUAUUUUACGCAGUUCUUGUUUGUGUAUUAAUAUUUUCUACCUUCUACAUGAGAUAUAAAAUCAGUGUCCUGGAGGAACGUCUUAUUUCCAUCACAUCCUUUGAUUCACAUAUUAAGGAACAUACAGUGCGCCAAGGUUUGGGAUCUCAUCUGCAAAUUAAUGCUGAUGCCCUUUGUGAUGAGUUAACUGCUAAUCUUAUAAAAUUGGAAAAGAUACAGAACAACUUACAAAAACUACUUGAAGAUGGUGAAUGAAACGUCGAUAUUCUUGGACUGCUUCAGACCUCAUUCUUCUCUCUUGACAAACGGUUCCAAAGGAGCUCUGCUGGUCAGAGUUCAAGCUUCUUUAUUUUCAGUCCAAGCCAAGCUUAAACUACUGUAAAGCUCAUGUUAUAAUGCAGAAAGUCAGUUUAUUCUUGAGCAUGUAUCUAUAUGUUUUGAAAACAUACGUUUUGAUCUACACAUAUCUAUGUGUUUUGAAAACAUGUAUGUUUUGAUCUACAUGUAUCUGUGUGUUUUGAAAAUAAGGGGAUUUUUCCUUCUCUAUUAUGUGUGAAUUAAUGGAUUUUAUAACUUGCUUGAGUCUAGACUCGCUUACACCAGUGCAAACCUGGUGUAUCUCCUUUUACCUCAGCAUUUGCUUUCUGCCUAUUGUCAUAGAAGCGUAAAUGGGAAGAAUUUCAGUCAUGACUCAUGUGCUGAAGUGUUGUGUGAAUGAGCUGGUAUCUGUCUCAGCUGUGGUUAUGAUCGGUGCUGUGCUCUUCAUUUUUACUUCUUUGUGCCCUGGCAUCCCAAAGAUCAGAAAAUAGACACCUCUGGAUUUGAUUAUGUGAAGUUCUGAAUGUUCAAGGUGUGCUCAGUUCUCAAGUGCUGUAAAAAGGCUCAAUUCCACUUUCUAUGGCAUUGCAUCACCGAUGAGGGUAAGGUCUGUUCCUACUGGGCAUUCAAUUUCCAUUGAAGUCAAGCUUGAAAUAUGUAUGGACUUGAUGACUUAGAAUCAAGUUGCUUGUGAGUAGCAGUAUGGGUGUGCACAGCUUCGAAAAACUGCUAGGUUUUUUGUUCACACGUACAGUCCAUUAAGUUAAUUGGUGUGAAGACCCUCAGUCAGCUUUCCUUGGAGUUGCAUGGGGUUUUGUUUGGCUGAGCAAGUGCAAUUUCUGUUCCAGUUGAUAGAAAUCUAGUCUUGGUAUGUGACUCCAGGGACCAGGUAUUUCCACAUAAUAGGAACUGGCGAAUUAAUGAUGCAGCAAUACAAACAAUUGGUAGAGUGAAUGAAAAAGUGGACACCUGCUUUGUUAUAUCAUACUAUUUUUUUUCACAGUGCCUAAGAUGGGAUAACUGGGGAUUUUUAGCUUUCUGAUUCACCAGGCAGGCUGGUUAGUUUUUAAAAAGCAGCAUUUAGGAUAAUAACAACUGGUAUCUGUAAAGUAACAGUAUUGUUUAUAAUAUGCUAUGCAUUUUAUAACCAUUUCUGUGAAAUGUACCUACUUUAUUUAAAUAAACUUUUUUAAAACAA